AUGGAUCAAGAGACAGCAAAGGCAUUGUUCGAAAAAGGAGCCUUUUUAUUAUUUUUAAAUGCUCCAAAAUGUCUAGAGUUUGGUAUUGAUCAUAAUUCAUGGAAAACAGGCCCAAAGUUUAUGGGAGUAAAACUUAUUCCUCCUGGUUUACAUUUUGUUUAUUACAGUACAUCUGACAAGUCGGGAAGUUCUGGAUUAAGAUCUGGGUUUUUUAAAUUUUAUGAAUAUAAAGAGGUUUUUAUUGUAGAAUGGGAUUAUAUCAUAGAAGACAUUAAAUUUGAAGAUGAACUUGAUAACGAUCAAAAUGAAAGAUUAAAAUCAGAAAGGAGUCCAACUUGA